AUGUUGGAUAAAUCGGUAAUCGUAUUUAUCGAUGAUAUUCUGGUGUACUCGAAAAGUGAAGCAGAACAUGCACACCACUUACAAGAGGUGUUAGAGACACUCAGACGAGAAAGGUUGUAUGCGAAAUUCUCUAAGUGCGCCUUUUGGUUACGAGAGUUGCAAUUCCUCGGCCACAUCAUAAGUGCCGAUGGAAUAUUGGUAGACCCGUCAAAGAUUGAGGCUGUGUCAAAGUGGAAUCCCUCGAAGAACCCCUCGGAAAUUAGAAGUUUCUUAGGGCUUACGGGAUAUUACAGGAGAUUUAUUCAGGACUUCUCCAAGAUUACAUCGCCGUUAACUAAGUUAACUCGGAAAGAAGAGAAAUUUAUUUGGGGUGUCGAACAAGAAAGAGCGUUCCAAGCUCUAAAAGAGAAGUUAACUCAAGCUCCAGUAUUAACAUUGCCGGACAGGGUCGAAGACUUGGUGGUAUUGUAA